AUGCCUCGGCAAUUAAGACAAUUGUUUGAAAUAAUACUUAUCCACUGUGAACCUUCUGAUCCUUUUACUUUGUGGACAAGGUACAAGGGUUCUAUGUGUGAGGAUUAUCUUCGCCAAAUGAACGAGGAUCAAGCUGAGUACAGGGUGCUUCAAGAUAUUCAUUCUGUACUUAGACAAUCUGGUAAAUCUCUUACUGAUUUUAAUCUUCCAAGUUUAGAUGAAAUACCUCCAGCUGAAAACAUUGAUGUAGCUUUGGAGGCUGAAAGAGCUUCUCAACUGAGGGCUCAACUUACUGAAGAACAGACAGCACUGGCUGAUGCAGUUAUAGAAGCGGUUUUAAAUGUUGCUAACAAUACAGCCCAAAAUAACCGUUUGUUUUAUUUAGAGGGUGCUGGUGGCAGUGGUAAAACCUUUACUUAUAAUUACCUUAUUUCCGAAAUUUCAGGUAGAGGUUUUCAAGCUGGAACUGCUGCAUUUACUGGUAUAGCAGCAACUCUUUUAAAAAACGGUACCACUAUACAUAAGUUAUUUCAGUUACCAGUUCCUAUUUUGGAAAACAGUACAUGCAGAACUCCGGUGUCUGCUUAUGCUGUUGAGCUACGGCAAAAAAAUCUCUUUUUACUUGAUGAAUCUUCCAUGAUUCCCAAGCAUGCUUUCCAUGCAAUAGAUCGUCUUCUUCGAGACAUUUGCAAUAGCGAACUUCCAUUUGGAGGUAAAGUUGUUCUUUUAGGUGGUGAUUUUUCACAAUUAUUGCCUGUUGUCAGAAAAGGAAAACCAACUGAAAUUGUUGACAUGUGCCUAAAAAGUUCUCCACUAUGGCACUUGGUUACAGAAUUUAAAUUAACUCACAACAUGAGAACGAGGCCAGGAGAACAAGAAUUUGCUGCAUGGCUUCUGCAACUUGGAAAAGGUGUUUUACCAGUUCGGGAACAACCACCGUUUCAAGGUGCAAUUGAAGUGCCAUCCAAUUGUGUGUUACAACAAAAUCAAUGUAUUGUUAAUACUUUGUUUAGGGAUUUUCACCCAGAAAAUAUGGCAUCAUCUGUAAUACUAACACCUACAAAUGAUGAUUCACUUAUAAUUAAUGAUCAGGUGUUGGAGUUGUUGCCGGGUGAAGAAAAAAUUUAUUUUAGUGCAGAUGAUGUUGUGUGUGAUGAUGAGGAGGAACGGAAUCAAUAUCCGGUGGAAUUUUUAAAUAGUAUCACACCUUCAGGUAUGCCUCCUCAUUGUCUUAAAUUAAAAUCGGGUGCCAUUGUUAUGUUAUUAAGAAACAUAAACAUAAAUAAAGGCUUAUGUAAUGGCACUCGCCUAACUGUAAGAUAUCUUUACGACAACUGUGUCGAUGCUAAAGUACUCACUGGCAAUGCUAUUGGAGAUAGGGUACUUAUUCCAAGGGUGCAACUUGCACCUUCGGAUACAGGUAUGCCUUUUGUUUUGCGUCGCAGACAGCUUCCACUAAGGCUUUCUUAUGCUAUGACAAUAAACAAGGCACAAGGUCAAACCUUUGAAAAGGUUGGUAUAUUGUUGCGCAGGCCUUGUUUUUCUCAUGGUCAGUUGUAUGUUGCUUUUUCUAGAGCAAGGGCAUUUGAUGAUGUUAGAGUAAGUAUUGUUCCCCCAUCCAAGCAAGGGUUUUUUAAUGGGAAAUGUUACUCUCAAAAUAUUGUUUACCGUCAAGUUCUCACAUAAAUAAUAUUUAAAAUUACCAGAAUCACAAGUUCUCACAUAAUUCUGUUAAUUUUGAAUAUUGUUAAAAAGUUCAUUUUAAAGACACUAAUGUUACAUACCUACAGUUGGUUAUCAUUUUUUUACUGAUAGCGUAUGUAUAACUGUUAAGGUGAUGUCUCAUUAAAUGAACUAGGAGUACUUAUGAUUCUGUUACUUUUAAAUAUUAUCAAAAAGUUCAUUUAAAGACACUAAUGUCUCAUACCUACAGUUGGUUAUCAUUUUUUUACUGAUAGCGUAUGUAUAACUGUUAAGGUGAUGUCUCAUUAAAUAAACUAGAAGUACUUAUUUAAACGUAGAAUCUUUAGAGAAACAAAAUUCAGCAAUUUCCAGAUUUUAGGCUAAAUUGCGAAAGUUAUUUCAAUCUUUAUAUUUUUAAUUACUCAUUACCUGCAUUCUUUCAAUAACAUAAUAUUUAAUUUUUUGGCAUUGCUAAUGCAACUUUUCAUUUCGUGCAUGUUCAUAAUAGCCUUAACUUAAAUUCUAAAUAACAGACUCUGUAAAUACUCCAUCGUAAUGGUUUUAUGAUAACCUCCCAAAUGAAAAUCUCGCACAAUUUAAAGGUAAUUAUUUAACCUUAAUUUUUUUUGACCAUUUUUUUAAAUACAUCUUAACGUUUUGUUUUUAGGUGAUGUACAAAAUUGCUCUAUUAAUUACAAUCCUUAAAGGUAGUGGCUGCUACAAAAUUUAAAGUUAGUUUACAUAAAGAAAACAUGUUAUUAUUAACGAAUUUCAGGUUAAAAUUUAAUAAAUACAAAGUACCAGUGCAAUGUUGUUCUUUUAAAUUUGAGAGUUUCCUCCUCGUGUAGCUACAUUAGUUCGCCAUAUUGUAAACACGACCGCGCAUGAAUGCGAGGCUUUUCUAAUAUGUCCCCGCCUACGUCAGUGUCCAGGUUCAAAAUCGGGACCGAAAACAUGGGGAAUGUAUGAAGAACAAAUUUAAUUUGUAAUGCCGAAGAUUUAAAAAUUAACCCCCGGCUACGAGCCAGACGCUUUCGAAUAAAAAAUGUAUCGUCUGCGAUAAGUAUUUUUGGAUCGUGAAAGGCUAUUGACAGACUGCAAAAAUAGAAAUCACAAAUUAAUAACAUGAAUCCUUAAAUUUAUUUAACGGAAAUAAGUAAAUUUAUCUGUCAAAGUAUGUAAUGUAAUGUCAUACAUAAACAAGCAAUAGAAUAAUUUUAUUUUUAUUUUUUCUUAAACAUUUUUGAAUGCCGUGGGUUUUAAACAAUGCGAAACGUUGAAGAUUAUGCUAGUAUGAACACACACUUUAAGCACAGACCAAACAUCUAUCCGGUCGGGACGGAACUGUUAUAAAAAACACUAAAAAAAACGUGGAUACGAAGUUGCUAGACAGUUUAUCAUAAGCAAAGAUAUGUCCCAAAAUUAUCAGUUUAAGAACGAACAUGUCUUGGUGCUCAGCGUUCGGUUGCAGCAAUAAUAGUAAACGCGACAAAGAAAAGUUUUUUUCGUCUACCAGGAGAUCGAAAUGUACGAAAUGCCUGGGUAAAAGCUAUAAACAGAACAGAAUUGCCGAAAAAAGUUCUCUUAUGUUCUGAUCACUUUACGGAGAACUGUUUCGAUAAAAGCUGGAGCCUUCAAAAUGAAUUGU